GAACCUCUAACAAAGGAACAAUAACUUUUGUUGAAAAAUAAUAAUUUUGGAUUCUUUGUAGAAAUGUCUAAUAUAGAAUCCGAUGGCGAAGAUUGGUUCAAUAAAGAUGAAGAAGAGAUUUUGCGGAACUUGCAGUGCAAGGUUAAAAAUAAGCAUGCGGAAGGUACGGAAGCUAACACCGAAGAUAUAGAACCUAAUACCGAAUAUGCACUUGGUCCAUCAGAAACAAACGAAUACCUUCACCAAAAACGACUGGAAGCUUCAUCACACCUUUCCAAAGAAGCUGAUGUAAAAAAGAUGACCACGUCACAGAUGCGUAAGGCAAUUAAUCUAGAGCCAUUGGACGUUUUCCUCUUUGUUAUAACACACGAAAAAAAUUUUUUUGUUCAUACAAUUUCGAGUAGUGAUGGAUUGGAACGGGUUAUUUUAUACUUGCGUAUUUGGUGUAAAGUAUGUGAACUCGAGCUUCCUGGAUUUCAAAAAGAGCUUCUACAGUACUUUGUGAACAAUGAUAUAUUUUUAGAACAGUUACGAUUUUUAACUGCUAAACUUUUUCAAAAAAAAUUUAAAGCGAUAUGGAAAAAUGUCGAAGUGGUAGAACAGAUCCUAUAUGCAAUGAGAUUCCUUAUAGUUCGUUCGCAUAAAUGGCAACUAAUAACAACUAAAGCGUCUUAUAUAAUUGAUCAUAUAAAGAAACUCAUUGAAGAUAGCGAUAAUCCGGACAUGGUUCAACGGCAACUGAGCCAGCAGCUGAAAUUUGAGUUGGAUAGAGUGUUAAAAGAUGAAUGUAAACAGCUAAACGAAAAUGUUGACAUAUAUCCCACACUUAAUGAACUCUUUAAAGGAAACGGGGAAGACUGUGAUCAAAUCAUUAACGCUUUAAAAAUUACUGAAAAAUUAGAAGUGUCAGAGUAUAUCGCAAAACAAAAACGUAUUCUUCGUGAAGAUUUUAUGAUUCCUCUACGUGAUUAUGUAUGCAAAUUGAAAGAAUUUGGUACAGCACCACAUGGGCCGGAGAUAUAUGAGGACGUUUGCAUAGUUCUUAAUGCAGAUUUCAACAAUGCUAAGCGCCAUGAAAUGCUUUUCGUUGAUGUGAUCGGGAAAAAGCGCCCAAUGGAGGAAGAUAUAAAAAAUAUCUCUUUGACUAAGCAAAAAAAAAAAUUAGCACGAGAUAGAAAAUUAGCACAAAAAUUAGCACGAGGAAAAGUAUCAGCAAUUAAAGCUGGUUCCUUACUAUUAUUUACAACAAGUAGGAACUUUGAAAAUCUCAUCUUGGCAACAGUUACUAACACCCACAUAUAUCUUCUAAAUUUGGGAUACUUAGGUAUUGAAAAUGUGCGACAAUAUAAUAUUGGAACCUUUUAUGACAGACCUUUGUUGAUGUUUGAAGCACCAGCCUUCUUUGAACCUUAUAAUAACGUUUAUAGUUGUUUGAAUACCUAUGGCGAGGAUAAGCUGUCUAUGAAGCAGUAUAUUAUUGAUGGUGAGAGCAACGUAUCUCCACCUCGUUACCUACAAAGAACUAAACCUUAUUCAUAUGAUAGAGAAAAAUUAUCAUUGGAUACAACGAAGCCAACCAAGCCAAAAAGUCUUCCACUAAAUGAAUCACAGUUUAACGCAUAUUGUAAAGCAUUAACACAUGAAUUUUGUUUAAUACAGGGUCCACCAGGAACUGGUAAAACCCACCUGUCGGUACAUUUGGUGCGUACUCUUAUUUCGAACGCUAAAACACCCACCGUAAUAAUUACUUACACGAACGAUUCGCUUGACAAAUUCUUAUUGAAGCUUUCCUGCUAUACCAGUAACAUUUUACGAUUCGGUAGCCAAACGCGUCUCCCCGAAAUUUCAAAAUUUAAUGUACAGUUUCAAACCACAAAUGAAAUGGUAAAUCCCUGCCUGAAGCGUCUCUACUACGUUGUUAACGAAGAGUUUAAGACUAAGUUCGCAAUCGUCCAACAAAUGCAUUCGAAUUUCGAUGGCAGUGAAGAGUCCUACCAGAGUUUGUUGGCAGCUCAGAGGGCUUUACGUGAUGUUCAGGAAAAGUUAAAAACAAUACGUAUAAUGUUUCAAUUUUAUGUAGCACGAAAAGCGGAUAUCAUAGCAAUGACAUCAACUUUCGCUGCUAGAAAUAACUUCCUAUUUCGCUUGCUGCAAUGUAAAAUCGUGAUUUUCGAGGAAGCUGCGGAAAUUUUGGAAUCACAUGUUCUGGCUUGCUUAACGGAAUAUACCGAACAUGUCAUCAUGAUUGGUGAUCACCUGCAAUUAAAGCCUUAUACUUCGAACUAUGGCAAUAGCCUCACGUCUCAACUAAAUAUAUCAUUAUUCGAACGGCUAUUUGUUAGCAAUUUAAAAGGGUAUACGCUCAACGUUCAAUAUCGUAUGCGCCCUUGUAUUGCGGAUCUAAUUCAUCCCACUUUCUACACUGACCUUAAGAACGAUUAUUCAGUAAACAAUUAUCCAGUCAUUCGAAAUAUGGAUAAAAAUCUGUAUUUUUAUACGCAUUUCUGGAACGAAGAAUGUUCAUUCUUUAACCUAUAUGAGGUGAUGAAAAUCUUAGAAUUGGCCAAAUUCUUAAUAGAAAAGGCUUCUUAUACAGCAAAUGAUAUUGUCAUUCUAAGUCCUUAUGCUAAACAAGUGGAAUGCCUAAAAUCCGAGGCACCUAAAUAUUUUGAAAGUACCAACUUGAAUAUUUCUACUGUGGAUAGCUUUCAGGGAUUAGAGGCUAACAUAGUACUUUUGUCGUUGGUGCGAAGCAAUAACAAAGAACAAAUUGGAUUUCUCAAAGAGAAGAAUCGUAUUUGUGUAGCUCUUUCGCGUGCCAAACAAGGCCUGUAUAUCAUUGGAAAUCUACCGUUACUAGCUGGAUGCAGCGAGUCGUGGCGGUCCAUUGAACAGAUAUUAAAGUCACAGGACGCUAUCGGCAAUGCGUUUCCAUUCUCAAAUAAAGAAUAACAGUAAAGACUUCUAAUGUUUAAGCUAAAAAGCAUUGAAACGUUAAGUGUGGAAUUUAAUUUUGUAUUUUUAAUCAUUUGUUUCCUGUGUACGCGCAUUAAUUCUAUAAAAUAAAAAACA